AUGCACACUACCAGUACAACUGUUAGGCUACCCCCCGGACCAUGGAAGCUGCCUCUCAUCGGAAACCUGCACCAAAUGGCUGCCAGCUCUUUACCCCAUCGCUGCAUGGCAGACUUAGCCAACAAGUAUGGCCCUAUCAUGCACCUAAAACUGGGACAACUCUCGGCCAUAGUCAUUUCAUCGCCGGAAUUUGUUCAAGAGGUGUUAAAGACGCAUGAUGUUGCUUUCUCACAACGGCCAACGUUUCUUGCUGCUGAAAUCGUGAGCUAUAAUUGUUCAAGUCUCAUAUUUUCUCCUUUUAACGAUUUUUGGAGACAAAUGCGAAAGAUUUGUGUGCUGGAGCUCCUAAGUGCAAAACGCGUAGAGUCAUUUACAUCAAUAAGACUAGAAGAGGCAUCGAAUCUUGUUCAAUCAAUUUCCUUAUCAGAGGGUCACCCGUUCAAUCUCAGUGAAAUGAUCUUCUCCAUGGUAAACGUCAUUAUUGCCCGUGCGGCCUUGGGAAAGAAGUGCAAGUGA